AAUAUUUAUAUGCCACAACAGAAUAGAGAGUAGUGCAGUAUCAAAAUUCAAAACCCUAAUUCCCAAACCCCAGCAUCAAUGGCGGACGUCAAAAAAGCUGAUGAAGCAACUGAAUUCCCGGAGAAGCGCAAGAUCGACGUCCCGAAAUCCAUCAACGAAGUUCCCGAGGAGGAAACCGGUGAAGCCGACUCAAACAAGCGGCAGAAAGUCGACACCACCUCCGCCGAAAACGGCGCCGUUUCGCUCCCCGCCGGCGAAAAUGUGGCUGAAUGCGGUGACCAUCUGAACGACGGCGCCGCCGUGGAAGACGAGGAGAAUUCUGAGCAAGAGGAGGAUGCGAAUGGGGAAGUUGAAGAUGAUGUUGACAGAAAGGGGAAAGGGGUUUUGAUAGACAGAAAAGGGAAGGGCAAAAUGAUCGAGGACUCUGAAGAUGAUGAUUCCGACGGCGAUGAUGAUUCCGACGAUUCGAGCGAUGAUUCCGACGGCGAUUUCUCCGAUGGGCUUGAUGACAGUGAUUUGGAGUCAGAUCCACUUGCUGAGGUUGAUUUGGACAACAUUUUGCCGUCCAGGACUAGGCGGCGCUCAAUGCAGCCAGGGCUUCGAAUUUUCGAUGAUUCCGACAAGGGUAACAAUGCUUAAUUGAAAAUUCUUUUGAAACUAGGUUAAAAAAAAAUUAGGGGAAAAAAACUAUGUAGCUUUCAGACCUAGUACUAUCGAGUAGUGUUGUAAUCCGAAAGAGAUGUUCUUUUGAUCAGUUAAUGGAGUUUUUUUUUUCCUUUUUGUUUGUGGCUGAAAAUAUGCAGUGAUCUGCUUUUGGGAAUAUAUUUUUAUUUUAGAUGAUUGCUGC